AUGGUUCCUGAGGAGGUUCUGGCAACGAGAGCAGAGAGCGACUGGAGUUGCGUCGAUGGGUACAUCACCUGGUACUACAGAGUGUUACACCCGUACAUGUUUCCCGUUGCACUUGGAGAUCCGUCCAGACCAGCCCACGAGGAGAUUCUGCGGACUCAUCAGGCUGAGAUGGACCACACUCAGGAUAUUCUUCUUCGGUAUCGUCAGAUCGCUGGCACGGACCUACGAGCCAUUGUAGAUGGUUUAUUCCCUGAGGGGUCUGAGCAGAGGCGUGUGGUGGAUGUUAUGAUUAGGCUGGAAGAGGAGGCAUUUAUGUACCGUAGACAUCGUGCCAGGGCUGGUGGGACAUUUGACGCUAGAGGCAGAGCUAGCAAAGGGCGUGGUGGACGCAGAGGCGGAGGCGGGGCCAAAGGCAGAGGAGAGGCGCAUGAUGAUGUCCGGCACACACAUUAG